GUGAAGCGUGGUGGGACCAACAUCCAGCAGCUCCACACCAUUGCCGAUCCCUGGGAGCCGAACGAGGUUUUAGACAGCCCCGCGCUGCUGGUGCUGGCGCCCGACUCGAUGGAGUUUGCCACCGCCCGCGAGAUCAACGAGAAGUUCUGCACCCAAAUGGAGGUUGUGCACGGGAAAGGAAGCCACUACAACAUGAUGCAGGUCGGAUCGGGUGCAUAG